CAAGAAUAUAGACAUGAUCAAAUAACAAUUAAGUAUCACGAAAAAAAAUAAAAGAUAUGUUUAUUCGAGGCAGAACUUAUUAAUUUGUUUUAGAAAAAUAUUAUGUAGAUUUGUGAAAUUACAGUUUUCUUUAAUUUUUCUUUAGCGCCCUCUGAUAGUUGACAGUGUUGACACUGUCAAAUUUUCACAAAACAAAAACCGAAACCGGUGGUUGCACGUUGUAGUGGUUUGUGUUUGGCUUGGCUGAUUGGCGCCUACCAUCUCCAAAAACUAGAGAAUACAAAAAAUAUAGGAUAAAUUACCUAAAUACAUCUACGAAGUACGGACUUAUCAGAUCCAUGCCUGGGACACGCAAAAUGUAAGGCUGCCCCAAACCCUACUAUUCCCCCAUGUUACGUUUUUGUGCGGAAACUGACCAUGGAGGAAAUAACCCGUAUGACUUUAAGCCCUCUUUUCAUAUCGCAUAAGUGUAAACGGUGUCACAAAUUCGCAUAUUACGCUAUCAAGUGCCCCAGUUGUUCCGUUUCUUACCAUUAUGAGUGUGCAUUUAUGCGCCGCGAAUGCUGCGGGGUGCGUUUGCUAAACGGGGCUCUUGAGCAACCGUGCGCUAAAUGCAAAGUCGGAGUUUAUCUUGGUCCACAGUGCACCCACUGCGGUAAAAAGUACCACAGUUUUUGUAUUAGUCCAUACGAGCGGUGCUGCAACUUGAACUUGUGUGAACCUCCUGCGGAAAAAGCUUGUGGGAAAUGCGAACAGGGGGUUUUGUUUGGGCCUCGAUGUCCACUGUGCGGGAAGGUCUACCAUUCCUAUUGUACUGAUAAUGAUAAGCUGAUUUGUUGCAAAGUUAAAGUGCUCAAGGAUGAAAAUGUUGGUUAUCACUGUUACAAAUGUCAGAAAAAGGUGUUGAUUAGUACGCCCAUGUGCCAAUUCUGUGGAAAAGUUUGCCAUAAAAAAUGUCUAAGAGGAUACAAAGGUUGCUGCAGGGACUCUUCUCUGGAGCUGUUAUUAAUUCCUUCUUUCAAAUAUAUGGCGUCGUAUUUUAAACAAUUUGAAAGAAAGAGGGCACAAUUGGUUAGUUUGGAAAUGAAAGCUACCAACCACACUCAUAUUUUAAGAAGUAUGACUCAAAACUUUGUGGAAAGGGGCAAAAAUAGGGAUAUGGCUUGCCAGACUCCUCAUCCACUGGAUAAUGUUGAGAUAACCGACGUCAAGACUGAAACUGAAGAUGAUUCAGAUUUGCCCCCAAUUUUAGAAAAAGAAACCUACGCACCGAUACUAUCGCCUUUGUCGUCAUUCAGGCUCGAAAUAAUAUCUGAAGAAGAAGAUACUCUUAAAGAAUUAUUUGAUUUUUUAUACAAAAAGGUUAACAAGUUUCCUCCACAAUUGCAAGCACAAGUUAGGGUUAAUUUGUUUAAAGUUGUUACAGAAGCUGAAAUGAAGUUGAAAAGUACGUAAAUUAAGUGUCUGAAGUGUAGAUUUACUUGCUACUUACCGUGUAAAAAAGUUUUACAGAAAUACAAUACAUAUAUAAGUAAUUGAUAUUAUGAGGAAUCUGUUGAAAUUUUUGUUAUACCAUAUUAUUGUAAUAAAAGUGUUUCUUGUAAAUGUCCUAGAAGGUCAACUGCAAAAUUUUGAAAUAAUUUUGUGUGUUGAAAAUCAUAUUGCUUCGGUUUGUUGAUUACACUUAAAACCCUAAAAAUCUGUUAGGGUCUUUAUUUAAAUGAUUCGCCCUCUAUGUACAAUAAUUACAAUGGAUCCGACAUUUGAUAAAUCUUAUAUUUUUAAAAGAAUUUUAUAAUAAAACUCGUAUUUUAUAUUA